GCUUUUUCCGGAAUACGAUCCACGGUGCUUUUCCAGCAGGUUCCUCCCGCAGUUAUCGCUAGCGUGGUGGUGGUGGUGUCGGGGACAGUUUGCGGUGUUGUCUUUGUUUCUCUUUGUGCCCGCAUCGCCAUCGGCCAUGCUGGACUCCCCCGAGAACCGCUCGCACGUCGCCGCCGUCCUGGGCGCCUUGAAGGAGGCCGGAGUCCGCGUAAAACACUGGAAAAGCGCCGGCAAACAGCCACAGGAGAGUCCAUGCACCUCCUUUGCCUUUGGUCGUAGCUUGGAUUCUCUGCCACAGUGUCAUUUACCAGAGUUGGGGGGUAUGAUACCACAGUUCUUGGUGGAUGCCUGUGAAUUUUUAUCUAGACAUCUGCACACGGAGGGUCUCUUCAGGAAGACUGGAUCCCUGAGUCGCAUCCGCUCUCUUAGGGUGGCUCUGGAGCAGGGAGAACUUGUCUUCUCCCUUCCGUUUUCUGCAGCCUUGCAGCCUUGUGAUGUGGCCACCUUACUCAAACAGUUCUUACGGGAGCUUCCAUGUCCACUCAUUCCAUCUGAGCUGCAAGGGCCUCUCUGCCGUGCUCAGAGUUUAGGGCCCGAGGGCUUUCUUGUCGGAGGCAGAGAUGGCGCGACUCUGUUGAUCACCACGUUGUUUCCACCGUCUCAUGCUCGUGCUCUUAGGUACCUCUGCAUCUUCUUGAAGAACACUGCCAAGAGAUGCAGUGAAAAUCGUAUGACGGUGGGCAGCCUAGCCCUUGUCAUUGCCCCUAACUUGUUGCACUGUCCACCUGGAGGCUUCAAACUGACUGCAGGCACAGAGAAGUUGUUGGAUCGACAGGCAGAGGUUGUCCGAGUGCUUAUUGAACAUGCUGAUCGCAUUGGAAUUGUUCCUGCGGUCCUUAUGAAUUCAGUGGCAGAGGAUGGUGCCACAACACCCCCUGCAGAUGGAGUUGGAUUCCCGGAGAAGGCAAGACUCAGAGUAUACAGAAGCUUUAGACGCCAAAGGAGGCGCAGCGUGGGAGGUGCUUCAAAGCGUUACCUAAGUUGGAGGGAUGGCGUUAGUUUGUGGUCUAUGCACUUUAUUUGUAACAGUAGGCCACUUUGUAUUAUGUUUGUUGAGGCAUUUAGCAAACUGAAGACAGGUCGCACAACCAGUGGCCCCUUUCACCUCACAGAGAGCAUGUUGGACCAGCAGACCCCUCCUUUACCACCUCCUCCCUAUACCACCAAAAGAAAGUCUACAGAGGACACAGUCCCAGAGGUAGAAGGCUCAGCUAAAAAGAGAAGGUCAAUCCAUGAUCUUAGAGAAGAUAACAAGUGCGUCACUCCAUCUUCUUGCCAUGGGUCCACAGCAAGUCCAAAUGCCACCCCUAGUCCCUCUUAUGUCCUUUCUGCGCUGGAGAGCUGUGAGGAACAGGUGUCCUUGGUGCUUCACAGCACAUCAGAGAAGAGGAGUGAGAAGAGAGAUGCUACAAGAUUGCAGAGGUGUGCAACACAGGAGAGUAGAGUGGAGCGGAGACGGCGGUCGCUGCGCUUCUUCACCUUGAGCAGUUGGAGCAGCCCCGUAUGUUCUGGCAUCUUCUCUGCAUGCCUUCACCUGGUCACAUCCAUCACUGUAGUUCUGCAGUGCGUUUUAUCUUCUAAUAGCAGCAGCCCUCCCUUCCACAUCCUUCCCCUAUUGUUGACACCACCCCAUGGCUUACCUGAACACUUCUUGCUUCAUUGCAGAGAAUUUCUAUUUUCUUCUAACUCUACAGCACUCAGAUAUAUGCCAUGCAUAAGCACCAUUGAACUGCAUAACUAUUUCCCUGCCCUAAUUGAUUUACAGAGUACAGAUAAGCAAACCAUGUGUGAGGUUGACAGUUGCCUGAGUGGUAAAAAGGUGACUGACAGCAUGGAGGAGUCACCCAGCUCUGGGGGGGUUAGCCUUUUUGGCACUCCUGUCAUUCUGAUUGAAGGCCCUGGAGGAGUGUUAGUGGGACGUGAAGUGGAGGAUGACCCUGAUCUGCUGAACUGCAGCUUUGCAGAAGAGCCCUAUAAUUUCCUGCCCUCAAACACUUUGGUGGCCCCUGGGAAACCACCUGAUGAAACUGAAGCAAAGACUGGGUUAGAGAAUGGGCCAGAGGAUGGGAAAGCCAGAGAGCAUUCUAUGGCAGCGGAGAUUAAAGGGGAGGAAGAACGAAGGGUGGAGGCAGACAAGGUGAAUCACCAGAGGACUACUGAUGAGGUGACAAAAGUUCCAGUGGCAGAAGUAGAACAGAGGUCACGCGAGGACUAUUCAGAACAGGGGGGCACAGGAGAGACUCAGCAAGUUGUAAAUAUUUAUCACAAGGUCAGUCAAAGCUAUCGGCCGCCACGUCGAUCCAUCAGCCUGCCUGAGGUUACUACAAAACAAGAGGAUGGUCAAGAGGAGGUGGAUGAGGGUGGAGGAGAAAUGAUUAAUGUUGAAUUUUUUCGAGAUUCCUGCUCCGUACUAGAGAAUGUUGGGGGGAGUGCAGAGCAGGCUUGGAACAGCAGGGAAGCUAUGACAAAAGAACACAUGGAAGUUGGGGAGGGCGAGAGGGAGCUGAAACGAUGUGUGGAGACUGAGAAGGAUCAGGAAGUUCGGGAGUUGACUGUUAGAGCACAAGGGAAAGUGGAGGAACUGGAGACAGGAUUUAAGACGUCCAAUCAGCGCAUGUCUGUGGCGGAGAGGGUGCGGCGCUUCAACAUGCUGUCGGCAUUUCUGAAGGUCUCACGGGCCCCAUCCCUGUUGUCCACAGCUCAGAAGCAUAGCGUCCCUCACGAGCUACAUGGAACAGGUGCUCCAAGGACUACAGUACGUCUGCGGCGGCAGGGGGCACGCCGCUUCAGCCGCUCCAUCAGUCAUGAGGGUGUUUCCUCUUUGCUGCAGAGACAGAGCAUGGUGAAGCAGCCCCAGCAGAGCCUGCCUUGUCACAAGGUUUGUGGGCAAGGGAAGCCCAAAAAGCUAUCUCAGAACCCUCAGCAGCAGCCCAGGUUUUCGCUUGAUCACUCUCAGGGACAUGGCUACCAGUUUCGGUGCAGGCAACAGCCGAAAAACCACAGGGAGAAGCCUCGGUGUAUGGGGCAUCUAGAAAGAGGGUGGGAUCCACCCUGCAGGCAUUCAGGAGAAAUGCUGCAAGGGCACAUGCUAGAGGAACCUCAGUGUCAUUGCAAGCUGCGAGAACAAGGGAAGGUACAGCAUCAGCAAGAUGAGCAGGAGGUGGACCUACAUGAGCUGCUAGAACUCAAACUACAGCUAGAGGAGUCGGAGGUACAACCAAGGAGCAAGACUGAGGUGCUGCUGAAGCAGGAGUCGCAGUCCCAGCUGGACCAAGAUGUUUUGUGUCUGGCCUCAAUUGCUCCCACACAGGAGCCCCUGGAGCAAGUCGCACCUCUGUUGGUCUUCUCCCCUUCUGUCCUUCUCCAGCAUCCUCAAGAUGUGUGUGCACAAAGAGAGCCCAGCAUCAGUCCAUACACCUCUUCAUGUUUGAGCCAGAGCCAGACCGCUCCCCCUGACCCAGACAUGUGCUCCGCCCCACAAAUGAACCCACAUGGUGGCUGCCCCCUGCAGAUUAGCACACAGAUUGACUUCACACCCCCUCUGUCUGGAGGUCACUUGAUCGAUACUGAAGGCAAGGGACCUGAUGGAGCCACGGUCUCCUCAUCGGCCUUAGAGAGCCAUUCCUCUGGCACAAGGAGGCGAUACAGAGACUCUCCCCGUUGGCCCCUUCCUGAGGUGCACAUUGUCACUUGGACCCCCGUACAGCUCUGAACACCCUGUUGUGGAAAUGUAAAGGCACAAAUGUCUCCUGGAGGCUGGCUGAGAACAAGACCAGUUCCACAUGCAGCUUCUGGAAGUCCACUUGUUCAUGCUGUUGCAGAAAAGACCACC